UUAUGACUUUGUAAAAUGGGACAAACACACACAGGUCAAGUCUAUGAAACAAAAACAGUUUAUGUGGAAAGACCACGCACAUUUAAAGAUCCAUGGAGGAAGAUAGACUGGACGAGGAAACAGAAAGAAGACCUCCAGAAGUUUGUGAUGGACUAUGAACCUGACGGUUCUAAGGCGAAAAAGCUCAGGGUUCUGAUCUACGGACCAGUCGGAGCUGGAAAGUCCAGUUUCAUCAACUCUGUCAUAACUGCGAUCCGUGGCAGGAGUUAUGUUAGAGCUGAAGCCAACAAUGCUCGAAAAGACACAAAGAGCUUCACCAAAGAGUACAAGGCUCACAAAAUCAGAAGACAAGGAGGAGGUCAUCUCCCCAUCGUCUUCAGCGACAUCAUGGGGUUGGAGGACGGUCAGGACGUCGGUGUUCGAGCUGAAGACAUUCAACUGGCCAUGGAGGGACAUGUGAAGGAGGGUUACAAGUUCAACCCUACAUCUACACUGUCAAAGAACGACACCACACACUAUAACCCCUGUCCAACCCCAGAUGACCAGGUUCAUGUGUUGGUUUGUCUCCUCAAUGUCAACUCAACAGAAAUUACCCCCUCAGUCAUUCAGAAGAUGAAGGCCAUCAGAGAAAAAGCCAGAGAUCUGGGGAUUCCACAGAUAGCCAUUGGAACCCACAUUGACAAAUGCUGUGGCAUAAUCGAGAAGGAUGUGAAGGACGUCUACAAGAGCACACAUCUGAAGAAAAAGAUGACAGAGUUCAGCAGCGCGGUGGGAAUCCCUCUGAACUGCCUCUUCCCAGUGAAGAACUACAGCGAUGACCCUGAACCAAAGGAUGACAUGGACAUACUCAUCCUCACUGCAGUGAAACAUAUCUUAAACUAUGGAGAUGACUUUCUUGAUGACAUGUAAAACAUUUUGUAACAGAACUUGGUCCAUUUUAACUGUAAAUGUGUCAGAGUUAGUGUGUUCACCUUUUCUACACCUGUUCUUCCACAAAACUAGAUAAACAAAUGGACCUAAACUAUUUCCACCCACAUUAAGGUGAUGAAACUUCUAUUAAACGUCUUAUACUUAAUCUUCUGUAAUGCCCUUAAACGUACCUUCUUCUAAUUAAAGUUGGACAGGAACCAAUA